AUGAGUGACUGUCAGCAUUUACGAUGUCCCAUUACAUUGGAACUGUUCAUUGACCCAGUUUUAGCGGAAGAUGGUCAGACAUAUGAGCGAAGUGCAAUUAUUCAGUGGAUACAACAACAUGGAACAAGUCCAUUUACGAGACAACAACUCAGUGUAUCUCGCUUAACACCAAACCGUGCAAUUAAAACUGCUGUAGAGAAUUUCAAAAGACAAAAUGGAGAGAGUAGACGGCCAAGUGCUCCUCGAGGAUCUAUUAGAAAUACGAUAGUUCUAUGUGAGACUGCUCGAUGGUUUCCAAAUGGAAUUGUUGUAGCCGGUGGUAAUGGUGGUGGUGGCGCAAUGAAUCAGCUUUAUAAACCAGAAUCAAUAGCUUUUGAUAGGCAACAAAAUCUGUACGUCUCGGAUCCUUCUUUUAGCCGUAUACAAAAGUAUUCAAGAAAUAGUGAAGAAAUUGUCACUUUGGUCACAUCAGUGAAAGCUGGAGAAUUAUUCAUUGAUAGAUACGAUAAUUUAUAUUUUACAGUAUCGAGCAGCCAUACAGUUCAGAAAAGAAGCGCAGUAGGAGGUUCAGUCGAAGUGGUAGCUGGUAACGGUCGAUACGGUGCAGCUUUGAACCAGUUAAAUGUUCCAAAAGCUGUUUAUGUCGAUCGAGAGGAAUCAGUUUAUGUGGUAGACAUGAAUAAUCAAAGAAUAGUCAAAUGGUUGAAGAAAUCCACUACGGGAAUAAUGUUAUUUGGUGGGACAGGCGUACUAAAAAAUCCUGUGGGUCUCUUUGUUGACGAAGUCAAUGAAUUAGGUGCUGUUUAUGUAUGUACCCAUAAUAGCAAAGUUGUUAAAUGGAUGCCAAAUACUCAACAGUUAAUUACAGUUGCCGGAAGUGAUAAAGCAGGCAAUGGGUCUAAAACACUAUUUGUCAAACGUUUUUUUUGGGAUUUAAAUUUAUAUUGUGAAAUUAAAAAACAAUUAUUUUUUUCCUUAUCUGUAGUAUCGAAAAUAUAA